CCAACCACUCACAAGACUUCUUCCUCCUACCUUCACAGAGAAAAAACCGAAAUCCGUUACAAAAAAAUUAAUUCUUUUCAACUACAGAAUAUUACACACACACACACACACACACACAGUGAUUUCUAAUCAUUUUUAAAAAUUUUUUGUGUAUGGCGUUAUACAUGGAUGAAGAGCAAGUAUGGAAAUGUCCAAAACAUCCAUCGAAACGACGUCGUAGUGGUAUAUGUCCAACAUGUCUCCGCGAACGGUUAAUAACUCUCUGCCCAGAAUGCGCCAAUACUCGCCCGUGCUCCUGCUGUCGUCACGACUCUUCAACAUUAUCGUCAUCAUCAUCCUCAUCUAAUUCUUCAUCCUCUUUUUCCAUAUUCCAGUUCUCUCGCGGGGGCAGCUUACGUGCCCCCGACACUGGAGCAGGCGAAACAGGGCGGGUUUCGACUCUCAUAGAAAGCGAGCCCGCCUUUCGCAAAUCGAGAUCCUUAGCUGUCCCCUUUCUUCGGUCCCGAUCAAAAUAUGUGGAUAAUGAUCAAGAGUUUAUUAAUAAUAAUAAUAAGCCUCCGUUAAUAUUGCCGCCUGUUAGUCGAAAGAAGAUUAAUUUCUGGUCUGUUUUUAAGGUUAGUAAAAACAAAAAAUGCGAUAUGCAUAGCGAUAAUGAUGAUCAUAAAUCUAAUACUACUCAAGACGAGGAUUAUUCAACAAUGAUGAUGAGGAGGUCCAGAUCGGUCGCAGUUGGUGGUGCCGAUCGUGAUAGUAAUUUUAGCCCCGCCGUAAAACGUCGCGGGUGGUAUUUUCCGAGUCCAAUAAAGGCCUUCCGGCAAUCCAAAUUACAACUACAUCAACGGUCGCCAAUGCAUAGAGGCUGAUUUCUAGGAUCAUCAUCCAUCAUUUUCUUAUGUUUAACGUUUCUUAAUUAAUUACGAGUACUUAUUUGCAUUUAUUCAUCGAAGCUACAUGAAAAAUAAUUGUUUAAAUAAUUAGUAACUAUUUACUGAUUUCGCUAUUAUUAUUGUAUUGUAUAUGUUUGGGUUUUUUAGAAA